GAACAUUUUAACAUUUGAACAUUUUAACAUUUUAACAUUUUAAUAUUUUAACAUUUUAACAUUUUAAUAUUUUAACAUUUUUACUCAAAAAAAGAAAAGGCAUAAAAUAAUAAGGAUCCCAAAACGAACACACCAUGACACCUGACGUCGUCGCCUGAACCGUACGACGCUCCCAAACGAACGCACCAUGGUUGAGCGGGUUGAGCAAGCUGUCAAAUUUUUUCACUCGCGAUGCGUGUUCGAUCCUGUUUUGUUUGGCCGCAGUUUCAAAAGUUUUAAUCGAAAUGAAAUCGCGUGUGCUUGUGAAAAACCAAACUCCCGGCGUCAAAUCUGCCGGGUGACUGAUCCGGGAGGGAGAAGAAGAUUAGUGUCAGCAACUUUUGGUGAGUAUUUGGACCGGUGAAGAACAUUAAUGCGUCCGCAAUUUGGGGCAGAUUCCGUCGCCAUCGUCGUCGUUUGAAGUAGGUACGUGUGUUUUGGUACUUCUUCCGGACCGGUUUGGAAGAAGUUACCAGAUGCGUCCGGGAUUUGUGCCAGAUUCUGUUGUCGUCGUCCUUCCGGACCGGUUUGGAUAAAAGUUGCCAGAUACGUCCAGGAUGUGUGCCAGAUUCCGUCGUCGGUCAUGUGUGGGUGCGUGUGUUUUUGAACUUCUUCCGGUUCCAAAGAAGUUGGCAAUCGCGUCCAAGAUUUGUGCAUCGUCAUCGCCGACGUUUGUAGUGUUUGUGUGUGGUUAUGUUUUGGAAUUUCUUCCGAAACGGUUUGAAAGAAGUUGCCAGUCGCGUCCGAUUGUUUAUGCCGCUCACACGUUCCGUCGUCGUCGUUUGAAGUGUAUCCAGCCCCAUUUUUAUAGCCCUCUUAGGAAAUACCUUUUUUUUCUAUUUUACAGGAUCCUCAAUCGUCAACGAAUCAGAAGAGCUCCGGGAUGUAAAUAUCAGGCGUUUCAUGAAAUUUGGAGAUGGCGGAACCCCUCCUGCAGCAGCAGCAGAUGUUUGUCAUGGAGGCAUUUGCAACGGUGCGGAGCUAUUUGAUUACGGGACACGGAAGCUUGAUCAACGAAAUGAAGAAUUCAAAACAAAUCAAUCCGGAGUCUCCAGUCGACAAAAGGUACCGGCGGACAGACUGAACACACCACGGCAUCACCCACCCGAGGGGGAACAGGAACCGGUCUCGAUCGAGGGUUUCAAACGGAAUCGAAAGCGAAAGAAAACGUC